UCGGGCUUCCUGGCUGGCGGCUUCAGCUUUUUCGGCCGGGGCGGCGGGCCGGGCGGCGGAGCGGCGGGGCCCGCGGCCGACGGGGGCACCGUAGACUUGCGGGAGAUGCUGGCCGUGUCCGUGCUGGCGGCCGUCCGCGGCGGCGACGAGGUGAGGCGCGUCCGCGAGAGCAACGUCCUCCACGAGAAGUCCAAGGGGAAGACGCGCGAGGGAGCCGAGGACAAGAUGACCAGCGGCGACGUACUGUCCAACCGCAAGAUGUUCUACCUGCUCAAGACCGCGUUCCCCAGCGUGCAGAUAAAUACUGAAGAACAUGUGGAUGCAGCUGAUCAGGAGGUUAUCUUAUGGGAUCAUAAGAUUCCUGAGGAUAUACUGAAGGAAAUAACUACCCCUAAAGAGGUACCAGCAGAAAGUGUUACUGUCUGGAUUGACCCACUUGAUGCUACACAGGAAUAUACAGAGGAUCUUCGAAAGUAUGUCACUACAAUGGUGUGUGUGGCUGUAAACGGUAAACCUGUGCUAGGAGUAAUACAUAAGCCAUUUUCUGAAUAUACAGCUUGGGCAAUGGUAGAUGGUGGUUCCAAUGUGAAAGCCCGCUCUUCCUACAAUGACAAGACCCCAAAGAUCGUUGUGUCUCGUUCCCAUUCAGGAAUGGUCAAACAGGUUGCUCUGCAGACUUUUGGAAACCAGACUACAAUUAUCCCCGCUGGUGGUGCUGGUUAUAAAGUUUUAGCACUCUUGGAUGUGCCUGAUAAGAGUCAAGAAAAAGCUGACCUGUAUAUCCAUGUAACAUACAUCAAAAAGUGGGAUAUAUGUGCUGGCAAUGCCAUCUUAAAAGCCCUUGGAGGGCAUAUGACUACGCUCAGUGGUGAAGAAAUCAGUUAUACCGGUUCUGACGGCAUUGAAGGAGGACUCCUCGCUAGUAUCAGAAUGAACCACCAGGCUCUGGUCAGAAAACUCCCAGAUCUAGAAAAGACAGGACAUAAGUAAGCAUAACUGAUUACAGGGUGCAACUCUUCCAGAGCUGAAAUAGCCAGGAACGCUGGAAGCUUCAGAGAAUUGGUGGAGACUAUGCAUGGUUAAGACCAUCACGAACUUUUUAAAGUAUUUAUGAAGCAUCAGAGACUUAUUUUCCCUGUAACGAAUGCAAGAUCAGGGAAAGUGGGUUGCUUUGUGUGUCAGGUAUUGUCUUUAUUUUUGAGACUAUUUUCGUACAGUUGUCAUACACAAGGCACAUAUAUAUAUUUGUGAAUUAAAAUCUGUAGCUGUCUACAUUGUUAUGAGUCACCAUUUUCACACAUCAUCAUGAAUCUUCAAUACUUGUUAGUACUUUCUUAUAUAUUGAGCUGAAGGAAGGAUUGGUUUUGUGUAGCUGUUUAAUAUAACACUACAAUUAUAUUUUAUUGAAAAUAAAAUAAUUGGGGAUUUUUACCCCUAAUUUGGAUGGAAAGCACAAGAAGCCACAUAUUCAUUAAUAUGCAGCAAACACCCUAUCAUCUGUCUGUUCCUGAAUAUUUUUAUGGAUUAAAAUAGAAAGCUUAAAUUGAUUUUUUUCUUUGAAAUUUUAAUAACAGGUUCACCAGCUAGUAGGAAAUAUAGACAUAUGAUAGUUUGCAUUGUAAUCGUAAUUUCUGUGUGAGUGUAUGUGUUUUUGUUUUUGUACCUAUGGGUUCAACGUUUUUGCCAUCUUGAUGUUGGUUUUCAUUUUUCUUGUCAAGAUGCAUGUAUCCAUCCUUUCCCUCCUGACCAACAUUUAGUCUUUAACUUGUCAGGUUUGGUUUAAGGUUUCAGGGUUAGCACUAUGAUUUCGGUACAUUCUUUCAUUAGGGAUAAAAUAUGCUCUUAGGGACUAUAAGAAUAUAAAUGAUUCUAUUAUAAUUGAAAAUUACUUGACAUUACAUGAAUUGAACGUAUUUUCAUUAUUUGUUUUAGUAAUUUUUUUUUUUUUAAUUUGCCAGGUUUUGUAUAUAGAUGAUUCUCUCAUUAUCAAGAAUGAGUAUGGUUGCUUUUGCCCUGGUUGUUUUACUAUUAAAAAUGUAUCUAACCUAACCAAA